AUGGGAGACGACUCCAAUCCUCGAGAUACAAUUCGUAUUCUCAUUGCGACCGACAACCAUGUUGGUUACCUUGAGCGCGAUCCUGUCCGUGGAAAUGACUCCAUGGUCGCCUUUGACGAGGUGAUGCAACUUGCGAAGUCUGAGGAUGUGGAUAUGGUCCUAUUGGGCGGUGACCUAUUCCAUGAAAACAAGCCAAGUCGAAAGGCACUGUAUCAGUGCAUGCGGAGUAUUCGCCUAAAUUCUUACGGGGAUAAGCCGUGUGAGCUACGAGUAUUGAGUGACCAAUCUGUGGCGACGGAGGAUACUGCCGUCGCACAUCUAAACUACGAAGACCCCGAUAUCAACGUCGCCAUUCCCGUCUUCUCCAUCCACGGAAACCACGACGACCCCUCCGGCGAAGGUCGUUUUUGCGCCCUCGACAUUCUGCAAGUAGCAGGCCUCGUCAACUACUUUGGACGUGUCCCCGAAAAUGACGACAUCAGUGUUCGUCCGAUCCUGCUCCAGAAGGGCGAAACGAAACUCGCGUUAUACGGUCUUUCUAACGUCCGAGACGAGAGGCUGUUUCGCAGUUUUAGGGAUGGGAAGGUGAGGUUCAUGAGGCCUGCUAUGGGUCCGGGAGGAAAGGACGAAUGGUUCAAUUUGAUUGCGGUACACCAGAAUCAUACGAGUCAUACGGAGACGGGGUACCUCCCUGAAUCCUUCAUCCAAGAUUUCUUCGACAUGGUCCUCUGGGGCCACGAACACGAUUGCCACAUCGAACCCCGCCUCAACACCGAGCAGAACUUCCACGUCAUCCAACCUGGGAGUAGUGUUGCGACGAGUUUGAGUGCGGGUGAGAGUAUCCCGAAACACGUGGGUGUGCUGAGUAUCCAUAAGAAAUCGUUUUCGUUGAAGACGAUUAGGUUGACGAGUGUGAGGCCGUUUGUGAUUAGGGAUAUUUCGUUGAGCGACGAAAAAGCCAUCAGACCGAAUACGGAGAACAAGUCGUCUGUGACGGCGUUCUUGAUUGAGCAGGUGGAGGAAUGCAUUACGGAGGCAAUCGAGGAGUGGCGAGAGGCACAGGGCCCAGAAGACCGGGACAAGACACCUCCGUUACCUCUCGUACGGUUGAGGGUCGACUACGCAGGAGGAUAUGACGUCGAAAACCCGCAACGCUUCUCCAACCGCUUCGUCGGUAAAGUCGCGAACUCGGGUGACGUCGUCCUCUUCCAUCGCAAACGCGCCCAAGCGACUCGCAAAGCCCGCACAAACAUCGACGUUGACGACACAGAUCUCCUAGCAGAACACGACUCACUCGACAAGAUAAAAAUCCAAACUCUGGUAAACGACGUUCUUUCCAAACAAACACUUGCGAUUUUAGCCGAGAAUGGAUUAGGGGACGCGAUUUCGCAAUAUGUGGAUAAGGAUGAUAAGAAUGCUGUUAAGCAGUUUGUAGAUGAUACGUUGACGACGCAGAUGAAGACGUUGAUGAGGAUGGAUGUGCGGGAGGAGGAUAUUGACGGGGCGAUUGAGGCGCAGAAGGAGAAGGAGGCUGAGAAGUUUGCCAAGAAGGUUGGGAGGGAGGAGCAAGGAGCAAGGAAGAAGGCGGUUGAGAAUGAUGGGCUUAGUGAAGAUGACAUGCCCCCGCCUAGGAGGAGGCAGGUGGCGAGGGAUGAUGACGAGGAUGAGGAGGAGGAAGAAGAGGAAGAGCCGCAGCCGAGUAUUCGGACGACGAAGCGGGCGCCGGCCGCCAAGAAAGCUGCUCCGGCGAGAAAGGCGGCGGCUACGUCUACAGGGAGAGGACGAGGGAAGAAAGCCAAGAGUCCAACACUGGAAAUCUCAGAUGCAGAAGACGAUAUCAUCGACGACGAAGAGGACGAUUUUGAGAGUGUACAAUCUACGCGUCGGAAGGCACCAUCGCGGGCGAUGCCGCCGCCGAAAGCCAAGGCCGCACCAGCGAGACGAGGAGCAGCGCGUCAAGCGCAACUGACAUUCUCGCAACCCAGUCAAGCACCGAGUCAAACUCCAAGGAAAAGGGCAGCCGUGGAAAUCAGUGACGACGAAGACGAUGGAUUCGAGAGCAUGAAGAGACCUGGUGGUAGAUAAUGUUAACAUUUAACUCGUCUUGUAAUAAGUCAGGGGUUAAGCGGCGGAGUUCUUGCCCCGCUUGGCAUGGCCUGCGAAUGUACCGGUCGGUUAAUGCGGCAAACUUGGACAGUUGGGCGAACGCGCGUCCAGCUGCAGAGUGAUUGUCGGCGCGGAACGAG